UGUCACGCCAUGCAAUCCGAGAGGUUUACGUUGGAAAUUUCAGAUUAAAAUAUAGCUUUCACCAUGGUUUCUACGACGAGUUGAAAUACUAAAGACGUCACUAGUUAUGUAGAGGGGUAACCUGAAGUUGGUAAUUCAGUUGGACAAAUUGUAUUUCAGUGCACAGUAUUUCAACAAUUCUAGUAGCGUCCAAAUCAACCUCCAACAACUUUCAACCAAUGAAAAAGUGUAACACCGUGACAUGUUUUUGACUGCCCUAUGAAGUCCUGUGGGUUUUCACUGAGUUCAACUGGACUGGACCACCCUGUGCCUACUCAACUGGGCCGCACUGUACCUGUAAUGACAUCAGCUGUGUCCAUUUAGCCGUGACCCAGUUUAUAAAGUCAGCAUGGCCGGGAGCGGAGCGUUCGUUCCCAGGAUUCGUCUCCUUCCGCUAGGGUGUCGUCAAAUCGGACGUACCAAUACCACUUCGAACUUGAACAAGACAAAAAGCAAAACACCAGACUGCAGGGUAUUCUUAGCGGCAGACAGCGGGAUGGUUGCCAACAUUCGGCCAAUAUCCGUGGUACAUGAUUACAGUUUAGCAAAGCAGAAAUCAAGGCCAGUUGUUUCAUUUUACAACCAGACGGCUAUCGACUCUGCAGCUAAAAAGCCAUCAGUGCGUCUCACUCCAGCAACUCUCCUUUAUACCGGCAAGGCACCUGAUGGGAACCAUCUGCUGCGGAGUGCCCAGUAUUUACACAAGGAGCUGCCUGUCCGUGUGGCACACCGUAUUGCCGAGUUCCGAGGCCUGCCUUUCAUUGUUGGCUGCAAUCCUACCAUACUUCAAGUGCAUGAGAUGUACAUACGAGCAUUCCAUAUGACAGCAGAGUUCCCUAACAUAACCAAUCAUGAAACAGAGCAGAGAUAUUGCCAGCUCGUCAACGGUCUCCUCGACGACCAUAAAGAUGUCGUAACACACCUUGCCGAAGGCUUCAGAGAGUGUAAAAAACACCUCAAGGAUGAAAGCAUCAUUUAUUCUUUCUUGGACCGAACUUUAACCUCUCGUCUAGGGUUGAGGAUGCUUGCUGAACACCAUCUUGGACUUCACCAAGACAGGAGAGACUUCAUUGGAAUCAUUUGUACAAAGAUGGCUCUGAAGAGACUGAUUGGCAAAUGGGCUGACUUUGCAAUGGAGCAGUGUGAGAUGAGAUACGGCUUCACCCCAAAGGUGCGCAUUAACGGACACACUGGAGCAAACUUCCCCUAUAUCAUGCAGCCUCUGGAUUACAUGCUUCCAGAACUCAUCAAGAACUCACUCAGAGCAACUGUUGAGAGUCAUCUAGAUACACCGCAUAACCUCCCAGAUGUUGUGAUUACUAUAGUCAAUAAUGACAUGGACUUCAUCAUCAGAAUCUCGGACAGAGGGGGUGGCAUCCCUAACAACAUCGUCAACAAGGUAUUUCAGUAUAACUUCACAACAGCGCAGGAUAAUCUAGAUCCUAGAGUGACGGGGGGAACGUUUGGUGCUCUGACUAACGUGACUGCAGGAACGACGCCGGGGCCAUUGUGCGGGUUUGGUUUUGGGUUGCCAGCCUCCAAAGCCUAUGCGGAGUACCUGGGAGGGUCGUUGACCUUGCAAACCAUGCAGGGUUUUGGCACAGAUGUCUACUUAAGACUCAGACACAUCGAUGGCAAGCAUGAAAGCUUUCGUAUCUAAUCUCGAGGCCGAAAGUUAGCGACAAUAACUCAGAAAGUUUUCCAUAUCUAAUAGUUAGUCCAGAAGGUGGGGACUACGGCACUUUAACAACAGUUCUGAAGCAAGAAAGUUUUCAUAUCUAAUCCUGAGUCUACAUGUACAUGGUGGGAAUGUGAAGACAACAUUCAAGUUGUGACUACAGCUCUUUUAAGAAAGUUCUGAAAGCAUCCGCAUUUAUCCGUAAUUCUUUUGGAUAGUGUUGUUUGCCAGCGGCUUACCCAUAUCAGCCAACCUGCAGCCGAUUUGACGAAACGCUAGGAUUAAUCCUAUCUCGAGUUAGCACGCUACAGUGCAGGGUUGGGACUCGUCCUAAGUCCUAAGA